AUGGAGACUGGGUUUAGAAAAUUCACUGCAGCCAUUGAUCAAGGAACUACCUCCACAAGGUUUUUUAUCUUUGACGAAAGAGGGGAACCAGUAGCUAAGCACCAGGAAGAGUUCGAUCAAAUUUAUCCACAUGCUGGAUGGGUGGAACAUGACCCUUCUGUCUUGAUAAAAUCCGUGGAAAACUGUAUUGAGGUUGCUACAGGCAAAUUUGUCGCUUCUGGAUACAAUACCCAAGACAUCUGUGCGCUUGGAAUUACAAACCAAAGAGAAACCUCUCUUGUUUGGGAUAUCCGAAGUGGGGAGGUUUUGUACAAUGCCGUUGUUUGGGCAGACAGCCGUACUGCCCAUAUCGUACGGCAGUUGAAGCUAGAAGGUGCUGCGAAUCGAAUUCUCUCAAAAACAGGGUUGCCUCUUUCCACCUAUCCAUCAGCAGUGAAGGUAAAAUGGAUUUUAGAACAUUCGAAAGCUGCUCGUGACGUUUACGAGGCGGGAUACCUUGCCUUUGGCACCGUUGACACCUGGCUACUCUACAACCUUGCCGAGGGGCACUCUGGGGAAAGGCUCCAUGUGACAGAUGUUACAAACGCAUCACGCACUUUGUUUUUCGAUAUCAACACACUAGAGUAUGAUCCUUUUCUGACAGAGUUCUUCGGACUCGAAAAACUGCUUCUGCCAAAAGUGGCUUCAUCGUCUAAUAGCAGAGCAUAUGGGGUUUUAUCAAGGGGGCCUCUCAAGGGCCUGAGAAUAACAGGGUGUCUUGGUGAUCAGAGUGCAGCGUUGGUCGGCCAAAAAGCUUUCGAGCAGGGCAUGGCUAAAAACACAUACGGAACAGGGUGUUUCAUGCUCUAUAAUACCGGCAAUCAACCUGUCUUAUCUAGGAAUGGGCUGCUUACCACCAUUGCAUUCCAGUUUGAAAAUCGGCCGCCAGUUUAUGCCUUGGAGGGGUCAAUCGCUGUCGCUGGAUCCGCUGUUAAGUUCUUACGCGACAAUCUAGGUAUAAUAAGGGAAGCGAAUGAGAUCGGAGAGCUUGCGAUGUCAGUUCAAGAUAGUGGGGGGGUCGUCUUCGUAACCGCAUUCGCCGGUCUUUUUGCGCCAUACUGGGUUGACGAUGCCCAAGGAACCAUAUUUGGAAUUACAAAUUACACCAAAAAAGAGCAUAUUUGCCGGGCAACGAUUGAAGCGACUUGUUUCCAGACAAAAGCGAUUAUGGAUGCAAUGGAGAAAGGCUGGUAUAGUGGCAUCACAAUAAAGAACCUAGCUGUCGAUGGUGGGAUGAGUAACUCUGAUGAGUGCAUGCAGCUACAAGCCGAUAUAAUUGGCAUUGAUGUUGAUCGGCCAGCUAUGCGUGAAACGACAGCGCUUGGGGCGGCUAUCGCGGCAGGAUUUGGGGUAAAGCUUUGGUUAUCUUUCGAUGAUUUACGUGGAGUAAAUUCCCGUAAUCAUCGCAAAUUUAGUGCACAAACUACGCCGACACAAAGAACGAGGCGUUUCCGGCAAUGGGAGCGGGCUGUUGCAAUGUCGAAAGGUUGGCUGACAUCGGAGGACAUUGACAAAGAAUAUGACGACUAA